AUGGUGCCAAAAGUGGUCUCCCAGAAUUGGGAAAAAUUUGGAACAUCAAAUAGCGAAAUACCUAUAUUCAUACCAAAUAUGCUCACAACCACAAUGUCAGCAGUGACUACAACAGUUGCGGUGGUGAUCAUGACUCCCAUAGGAGAGACAUUAGAGUCAGAAACCCAAAAGAAAGCUAUAAAAAUUACUGGUAAAACCAACGUCUGCUGUGCUGAAUUAUUUUCCAAAUAUGAAGAUGAAAAGGAUAAACUAUAUGUCCGUUACGAACAACAGCGGAAGAAGGAAAAAGCUAAUCCGUCGGAACUUGAGAAGGCUUGUGUUCUGAAGAUUGCCAGAGCAGAAGAAUCUCUAAAAAAGAAGAAGCAGGAUGACAAAUCUUUCAGCAUAUUGCGCAAGUCUCUUGGCUCAUUUCUGGAAGGCGCAUCUGAUGAUGAUUUUGGGCCUGAUGAAUGAGCCUUGAUUACCAGUAACUGCUCUUGGAUAUGGGGAAGCAUAAAAUUCUGUAUAUAAACCUUAUUCCCUUUGACAUCAUCUAUCUUCUUUAACUGAAGAUUUUGCCCAAUUAUUGGACAGUGAAUUGGGAUUAAAAUUUGUCAAUGGUUCCUAGGCCCUAGAAUCUGUUUUGUUAAUAUAAGAAAUGGGGUAUCUACAGUAAUCAUCACAUUGCCUGUUUCUAGUUUUCCAGGAC